GGUAAAACGAACACUGCCACUGACAGCGCAAGCCUUCAAUCCGUUUCAAAUAUUCUCGCCAGCAUCAUCCGUGGUUUUUCUCAAUGGGCGAGGUCGUAAACGCUAUCGUUGCUUUUGCAGUCAUUGUCAUCAUCUUCCGAUGGGCAACUUCAUCCAGCGACUCUUCCGGUAGGAGGUCGGCGUCUUCAGCUCUUGGAUUCAGGCCAAAGAAUGUGACACAGGAAAUGGUCGACCAGAUAUAUGCCAUGUUUCCAACUAUACCACAAGAUAAUAUCCGUUAUGACUUGCUGAGGACAGGGAGUGUCGAGAUCACCUCGAAUAAAAUAUUGGAGCGUGGAUAUCUUGAUGCGCCCCCUCCAGCAUAUUACACUAUUUAUCCUCGCACAGAGGCUCCCCCACAAGCUCGGCAAGUUACUCCCCAAGGGCAGACGACAGGUUUAGCACCAACCCCGAAGGAGAACCUCAUAUCUCGUUACAAGCUACAAGACAGAGUGGUAUCUCCCAGCUUCUCACCGGAAGAUGAUCUUGCCUUCGGCAAAGCCAACUGGGAGAGCACAUCGGAGAAGCGCGAGGCCAGUUUGCAGGAGAGGAAAGCACAGAUGAUUUUGGCCGCCAGACAGCGAUUACUGGCGCAACAAGCUCAGAAGGAACAGACAGACGCGCCAUCAGGUUCUUCGUCACACUAAACAUCCCAUCGCAAUAAUAUGAACUCGCAGCAAUGAUUUAGACGCCCUGGCUUGAAUUAUAAGUGUUACCAAACCUUGCUUUGUACUUAUUGUCACUGUUUUUUUGCUCAUGCAUCCCAUGUCUUAUUGAUCACAUCCUGAAAGGUCGACUGUC